UUGUAAAGGGCUACAAAACUCCCUUCGGAAAGAAAUCUCCUCUUUACCUUCCGAAAAACAUAAAACGCAGUUGGAGGACCCCAGUUUCACCACAAAUGAAUCAAGCCGUGAAAGAAAUGAUGGAAUCGGGAGUUUUAGAGAGCGCGCAGCUUUCCCCGAGCUUUAUCUCCCCUAUGUUUUUAACACCGAAAAGCGAUGGGACCAUGCGACAUGUCCAAAUAUCGAAGUUCCGACUCAUAAACAUCCAGAAAAUACCAGACCUGCAGCCACGCGAGUGGCUCGUAAAGAUCGAUAUCUCAAGGCUGCCACCAAAGAAGUACCUCGUGUUAGAAUGAAAAAUAGCAAACCCAAAGGAGAUUCAAAGCUUGGUUGGCCUCAUAAACUUUGCCAGCUUUCCAGUACCGCGAGGUCGGCUAAACCAUCGCAGCCUCCUUCAGUUCCAAAACUACCUGUUGAAGCUAGAUUAUUGUCACCGUGUCGCUCUCCCAGAGCACGCCCUUGCAGAACUGAAAUGGUGGGCGAAAAACCACUCAAUCCAGUCCCGGCUUCAUGCACCACCAGUCCAUCACUUACUGGCGACAGACGCUUCCAACCUGGCAUGGGGAGCUCGCCUCGACGACAUGGAGAUGUCAGGGAUCUGGCAGACCCACGAAGCCAAACUCGUGCACGUAUCAAAAAUGAUAUUCGCGCUUCUCGACAAAUUUCAAAUUCACGUGGUUGCACAUCACCUGCCAGGGAAACUGAACAGCGAUCACCUCUCACGGUUUCAAGAGACUCCCGAAUGGCAUCUACUUCAAGAAAUAACGUCAAUAAUUUUCAAAAAAUGGGGAACGCCUCGCAUAGAUCCGAUGGCGACGAACUCGGCCCAUGUGGUGCCGCGGUACGUCAGCCUCGACAGGAUGGAUCGGAAUGCUCAUCAUCACGACGCAUUCAGCCGCGAAUGACAUUACUCGCUGGCAUUACACCUGAACACGGCGACGGAAGUGUACCUAAUAGUAGCUUCAGUGUGGGAGAAGGUACCCUGGAGGCCCGUCAUCAAGAAUCGUGCCCUCUCUCCUCCCUUCACAAUUCGGCGUCUGCACCAAGUGCUGGUGGACACGUCGACGGGUCUGCCACCGCCGCAAGUGCUGGAGAUGACCCUGGAGGUGUGGAGAUGUGGGGGUGGACCCACAGCCUGACGGACUGGACCCCACAACAGAAACAACUGCUUAAAUCAGAUAAUCAGAUCAUACUGUGGCCUAUAUUCGGUUCAAAGACCGACAAAGUUGACGUGAGGCAGUCAGGGUGGCGUCUAACAUCAAACCAAGAUCAACUGGCCCUAGACCCGGUAUACUGGGUAAAGAGAGUGAUCAGCCUGUCAGCAACACGACAAUCUCUGUGCAAGGUCAAUAAUUUAUUUAUAACUGCGUGCGGCACUCCGAAGGCGGCGUCCCGCGCCGUGCUGGCCGGCUGGGUGCGCGGCGUGCUGGCGGACGCCGGCAUCCGCGCCAGCGCGGGCAGCGUGCGCCCCGCCGUCGCCCCCAAGCACUGGGCUCUCAACUACCCCCUCGACGACAUCCUGGCCCGAGGGAACUGGCGCUCACAAAACACCUUUUUAAAUUAUUAUUGUCGGGAGAUACGCUCAUCUCCUUCCCAAACUAACGUGGUGUCGGCUAUGUUCUCACCCAUAGCAAACUGAUUAUAUGUAUAAAUACUAUACCUAAUACGUGAUUAAUCAUGAAAUUACUGAUACAUACGAUGAUUAUAUUAUAUGAGUUGUAUUAUAAGUACAUAAGUAUUUAUCAAUCACUUUCAUUAAAAUUCAUUUUAAGUAAGCUUGAGCAUUCUCAUCUAACCUUAUUGAAUGUAUAACAUUAGACUCAAUUAUAAUGAUUACUAUAAUAAUAUAAAAUAUAAUUUACUUUUCUGCAAGACCUGAUUAAGUGAUCACAGGCACAGCCUAAACUAAUUUAUGGAUAAAAUAAAGACCUGAAAGAAAGUUA